AUGAAUAGAUGCAUUUUAAACCAAUUAAAGAGGACCCCAACUACAUUUAUUAAUAAUAAUAAAAAUAGUAAAAUUAUAAAUACAAUAUAUCUUAAUCAUUUCAAUAAUAAAAAUAUAAUAUAUAGAAAUUUUUCAAAUUCAAUAGAUAAUAAUAAUGACAAUAAACCUAAAUUCAGAAUAUCAAAAGAGUUAGAAUCAUUGGGUGUUUACUAUUCAAGCGAAGAAAAUAAUACAGAAUUUACAGAGGAUUAUGAAGAGAAUGAAGAUGAAGAUGUCCAUGAUGAAAAAGAAGAUCAAACAGUACAAAAACAAUAUCACGAACAUUUCCAAAAAUUAAAUCAAGAAGAUUUAACUCAGUUUGGUAAUUUUGAAGAGUAUUUACAAAAUGGUAAAAAGUUUCAAGAUAUGAUUUACAGAAUCAAAGAUAACUUUGAACAAUCUCAAGUUGAAAGAAAAAGAUUGUCACUUGAAGAUUUAGAGUUUGAAUCAUUCGAAGAUUUAGAAAAGAAAAUAGAAAAGAAAAUGGCAGAUCAAUACGAAGAAAAAGAGAAAAAAUUAUCAACAUUAACAGAAAGCGAUUUCCUCGAUUACGAUAAAAACAAAGUUGAAGUGUUCAACAAGGUCAGUGACUCUUUUAUCUCUGCCAAAACUCAUUUCGAAACACCAUUUGAAAAUACUGAAAAGCGAUUAGAAUCAAAUCAAAUCAAAGAUUUACCAGAAGGUAUAGAUAAUAUGAUGACAGACGGACUAUCGAUUGACCAAAGAGGAGGCAUUGCUUCAAGAAUUUCAAAAAUUAAACAAAAAAUAUCAAAAGAAAAAUUAAAUGUAAAUAGAAUUAGUGGUGAAGACUUAAACGAACUUUUUUCACUCUACAGAGAAGAUCCUAUCAACAAUAAUGCCGAAUCGUUAUCAAAAAAAUACAAUGUAAAUCAAAAAUCAAUCGAAAAUUUAUUAAAAUACACUACUAUUCCAAUUAUUGUCAAAUAUAACACUGGCUUAAAAACUGGUCAUUGGAAUGUCGUUUUUGAAAAAUAA